UGGAAUUUGGAUCUCUGUAAAUGUACAUUGCAGAAAUGCUUCCAGAGCAUAUUUUAAAUGCCCUAUUUCUUGCUGAAAUAGAAGAAGAUAGGCGUCAGGAUAUUUUAACAUAUCGGAAUAAGAGGCAUUUGUUAAGAGACGUAAGUGAUCCAUUUGCUAUGUGCGAAUCACAAUUCAUAGAACUUUUCCGCUUAAAUAAGGGAAUGGUUCAAUACCUCAUUGAAGAGUUACGCCCACAUAUGUCUGUCCCUGCACAUGGAAGAUCCGUAGCUCCAGAAUUGAAGAUAUUGGCUGUGCUUCAUUUCUAUGCUACAGGAAGCUACCAGAGGUCAAUUGGGCAGAAUUUUCUGUUCCCAAUCGCUCAGUCAACGAUGUCGGGAUAUGUCGCUAUGGUGACUUAUUUGAUAUGUAGACACCUAGGGCAGAGGUGGAUUGUGUUCCCGACUGACCGAAGGGUCAUUGAAGAAAAGAAGAGAACAUUUCUUCAAUCAUUCGGAUUUCCGGGCACGAUAGGCGCAAUAGACGGGACGCAUAUUGCGUUGAUAACCCCAGCAGAAGAGGAACAUAAUUACUUGAAUAGAAAGGGCUUCCACUCAAAAAAUGUGCAAAUUAUCUGUGAUGCUGAUUUAAAUAUUCUCAACGUGAAUCCGCGACACGCAGGCGCAACACACGACUCCUACAUAUGGAGGAAUUCUGCAAUUCUUGAACAUUUACGUAACAAUUACGAGCACGGAGACACCGACACGUGGCUCAUUGGCGAUUCUGGGUACCCACAGCAGCCGUGGUUGAUGACUCCUAUUGUCAAUGCCCAACCAAAUACGCCUGAUAGCCGCUAUACAGAUGCUCUUGUUAAAGCACGUUGCUGUGUAGAAAGAUGCAUCGAAACUCUCAAAUCUAGGUUUCGGUGUAUCCUCAAAGAGCGAAUGUUACGAUACAGUCCUUUGUCGGUUGGAAGGAUUAUUGUUGCCUGUUCUGUGCUGCAUAACAUUUGCAAUGGUGGACGCCUUGAUGUUUUGAAUGAUAUACAUCCCGAAGGAGUGCAAGAAAAUAACGUACAAGAAAACAUGCAGGAAGAAGAUUUGGCAAGUGGCCAGCAGGCCAGACAAAGAUUAAUUAACUUGCACUUUUAAUAAACAAUAUUAUUUUUUAAUCCAUACAGGGAAAAAAAAAAUAUAUAUGCAUGUAUACAUAUAC